GGACUCCCCCCUCCCGGUCCGGGACGCCGUCCGCCGGACUGCACCGGGGGAUGUAGCGUCUGCUUGCCGCCUACUAGACACUCAUCGCACCCUCCGCCCCGCGGCCCUGCAUCUUCCCAGGUGACCACGCCGGCCUCAGGACAUGCACGGGCACAGCCGCAACGGGCAGGCCCAUGUGCCCCGGCGCAAACGCCGCAACCGCUUUGUGAAGAAGAACGGCCAGUGCAACGUCUACUUCGCCAACCUGAGCAACAAGUCACAGCGCUACAUGGCGGACAUCUUCACCACCUGUGUGGACACACGCUGGCGCUACAUGCUCAUGAUUUUCUCCGCGGCCUUCCUCGUCUCCUGGCUCUUUUUUGGCCUCCUCUUCUGGUGCAUCGCCUUCUUCCACGGUGACCUGGAGCCCAGCCCAGCGGUGCCUGGGGCAGGGGGCCAGGCGGGCAAUGGCGGGGCGGCCACUGCGGCCCCCAAACCCUGCAUCAUGCACGUGAAUGGCUUUCUGGGCGCCUUUCUGUUCUCAGUGGAGACGCAGACGACCAUCGGCUACGGGUUCCGGUGCGUGACGGAGGAGUGCCCGCUGGCAGUCAUCGCUGUGGUGGUCCAGUCCAUCGUGGGCUGUGUCAUCGACUCCUUCAUGAUUGGUACCAUCAUGGCCAAGAUGGCGCGGCCCAAGAAACGGGCGCAGACGCUGCUGUUCAGCCACCACGCGGUCAUCUCAGUGCGUGACGGCAAGCUCUGCCUGAUGUGGCGUGUGGGCAACCUGCGUAAGAGUCACAUCGUGGAGGCCCACGUGCGGGCCCAGCUCAUCAAGCCCUACAUGACCCAGGAGGGCGAGUACCUGCCGCUGGACCAACGGGACCUCAAUGUGGGCUACGACAUCGGCUUAGACCGCAUCUUCCUCGUGUCACCCAUCAUCAUCGUCCACGAGAUUGACGAGGACAGCCCGCUCUAUGGCAUGGGCAAGGAGGAGCUGGAGUCCGAGGACUUUGAAAUUGUGGUCAUCCUCGAGGGCAUGGUGGAGGCCACGGCUAUGACCACCCAGGCCCGCAGCUCCUACCUGGCCAGCGAGAUCCUGUGGGGCCACCGCUUUGAGCCUGUGGUCUUCGAGGAGAAAAGCCACUACAAGGUGGACUACUCACGCUUCCACAAGACCUAUGAGGUGGCAGGCACGCCCUGCUGCUCUGCCCGGGAACUGCAGGAGAGCAAGAUCACCGUGCUACCCGCCCCGCCUCCCCCGCCCAGUGCCUUCUGCUAUGAGAACGAGCUGGCUCUCAUGAGCCAGGAGGAAGAAGAGAUGGAGGAGGAGGCUGCGGCCGCUGCAGCCGUGGCUGCUGGCCUGGGCCUGGAGGCGGGCUCCAAGGAGGAGGCGGGCAUCAUCCGGAUGCUGGAGUUUGGCAGCCAUCUGGAUCUGGAACGCAUGCAAGCCACCCUCCCACUGGACAAUAUCUCCUACCGCAGGGAGUCUGCCAUUUGACCUCUAGGCCCUGCCCUUAUCACUUCCCAUAAGAGCCUCUGCUGGGGGGAUGGGAUGCCAGGACACCUCUCCCACACUCAGGACAGAGCUGACCCUGGCUCCGUGGACCUUCUGGAAGAAGGCUGGGGCUUUAAAGACUGGAGGACCCCUACCUGUUGACUGCAGAACCCAGAACUGGGAAGGGCCCAGGCACUUCAGCCCUGUUGACUUGAGCAGCCCAGUAUCUAGCCACAGGUGGCUGUGGGCCCCCAGACCUUCCACCUUCUCCCCACUGACCCUUCAAGGACAUGCCCCCUCUGCUCUCAGAACCUUGGGGGAAGGCGGCUGGACUGCUGGGGGGGGGUUGGCAUCAUGGGGUUCUGGGUGGGCAGGGGUGGGUCUGCGGGAGGGGGAGGGACGAAUUUCUUUUGCAUGACUGUGGCCUGUGCUCAUGACUUUCUUUUGUAAAUAUCUAUAAAUGGAGCGAGAUGGAGACACCAAGUCCACCGCUGCUGUUUUUACCUGCAGGAUAAGGAGACGCCGCCGUCCCUCUCUGUGCACCCCCCAUCCAGCCCAGCUCUCACUCUGCUCAUUGGCUGGCCCCCUGAGACCUUCAAAGUCAGCUAUCUUGGUCCCUGGAUGGUGUUGGGUUUGGGUACAGAGAUGGGACCCAGAGAGGCAGGGUGAGAGUCUGUCCUUCCCUCUCUCCCGAGGUCCCUCCUGCCCCCAGAUUGACAAUGGAGUUUGUAUCUAUUUUUAAUAAAGCAUAUGCACCA